UCUCAAUCCAUCUCAUCAAAGAUACAAUCCAGAGCACAAUGCCCCAGAAAUACGACGUCAUCAUAUGCGGCAGCGGAUCAGCCGGUAUCUGCGCCGCCACCUGGCUGGCACGGUACGGGAUCCGGUGCAAAGUACUCGAGCGCCGCGACGGCCCCAUGACAAUGGGCCAAGCAGACGGGGUACAAUGCCGAACGGUGGAGAUAUUCGAGAGUUUCGGGAUCGGCGAGGAGCUUUUACGCGAAUCGUACCAUGUUCUGGAAGUGGUGUUUUGGGCAGACGAAGAUGGGUCGGGGGUGAUUCGACGGAAUGGACGGACGGCGGAUACACAGCCGGGACUGUCGCAUCAGCCGCAUGUUAUUUUGAAUCAGGCGCGGAUUAACGGGUUGCUGAUUGGGUUGAUGAAGGAGCUUAAUGGGCAGGAGAUUGACUAUGGGUAUGAUGUGACGAGUGUGAAGGUUGAUGAGGGGAAGAGCAAGGAUGCAGAGGCGUAUCCUGUUACGGUGGCUGCGGAGAGGAAUGGGAAGACGGAGACGUUUGAGGCGAAAUAUGCUAUUGCUUGUGACGGUGCACAUAGUACUGUUCGCAAAUCGCUAGGAUACAAAAUGGUCGGAGACAGCAGUGAUGCCGUCUGGGGUGUGAUGGACAUGAUCCCCCGGACAGAUUUCCCAGAUAUCCGCAAGAAGGCCACCAUCCGGUCCAAAGCGGGAAAUCUGAUGAUUAUUCCCCGUGAGGGAGGUACUCUGACGCGGUUCUACAUUGAGCUGGCACCAGGAACGAAGGCCAAGGACGUGAAGCUCGAGGAUCUGCAACGGACGGCGCAGAAUAUCUUCAGUCCGUACCAGGUGGAAUUCACCGAGACGGUGUGGUGGUCCGCGUAUUCGAUCGGGCAGCGCACAGCUGACUUCUUCCAUCAAGACCAUCGCGUCUUCCUUGCAGGCGAUGCGUGCCAUACACAUUCACCUAAGGCCGGACAGGGGAUGAACGUCAGCCUGCAAGACGGGUACAACAUUGGCUGGAAACUUGGCUCUGUGCUGAACGGACUGGCCCAUCCGUCGUUGCUGGAGACGUACGUUCUUGAGCGCCAAAAGGUAGCCAUUGAUCUGAUCAAUUUCGACCGAUAUUUCUCCAAACUUUUCUCGUCGGGACAAACUACUCCUGCUGAAUUCCAAGAGGGAUUCAUCAAGUCUGGGAAAUACACAGCGGGCCUAACGGCCAAGUAUGAGAAAUCAGUCAUUACAUCGGACAUCGACGACUCUGAACGGCUCUCUUCGAAUGUGACUGUCGGGAUGAGAUUGCCCAGCGCGCAGGUCGUUCGAUUCUGCGACUCCAAGCCUGUGCAACUUGCCGAGCCGCUCAAGUCCGAUGGACGAUGGAGAGUCAUGGCUUUUGCAGGAGAUAUUACUGUUCCUGGCAAUCGAACAGGAUUGAACACGCUCGGAAAAUACCUGAGCUCCAGCACAGGUCCCAUCAACUCUUUUACUUCGAAAAAUGCAGACGUGGACAGCCUUAUCGAGCCAAUCCUAGUAGCUCAUGGCAAGCGUCAUGCAGUAGAGCUGGAUCAGAUUCCAGAAUGCUUUUACCCAUUUACGGGGAAGAAUCAAGUGAGAGAUUUACACAAGAUAUACUUUGACGACGAAAGCUACAAUAGAGGACACGGACAUGUCUACAAACACCUCGGAAUGAGCCCAGAGAAGGGAGUGAUUGUGAUUGUCCGACCUGAUCAAUAUGUAUCCGCCGUGAUAGACAUGGACGAAUACGAGCAAAUUGGAAAGUUCUUUGAGGGAUUCUUGAUACCACAAGGGAACGAUCAACAGAAACAGGAUCACGCAGGGAGCAAGCUUUAAGAAACUGAAAUGUGAAAUGAGGCGUUUGUAUAGAUUUUGAAUAUGUUGGUCGAAAUAUAUGAAUUAAACAGUUAAGAUAGUGAUAAAGCAGAGAAUGUAUUAUACAGACAUACUAUGUUCCG